AUGGAAAAUAUAUUAAGUAAUUUGACAAGAGGAGAUACAGUCCCAGGUGAUUGUGUCUACGAAUUGAUAUACAAAAAUAGGAUCGAGCUAGAUUCAAUAAAAGAAUAUGUGAAAAAUCGAGGUUUCUCAAUUGAUGAAAGUGGAUUUCUUGAUUUAGCGGAGAAUAGACGAAGAAAACAAAGAAAAGAACACAUUUCAUCAUAA